UUCUGUUCCUCCUUCAACACAUUUUUUUAAAGUGAUUCCUGUAUAAUUAUAUUUAUAAUAUAAUAGGUUGUGAUUCCUUUUCACUUCAGUUUUCCUAUUUUGAUUUUUAAACUUCUAAUUCCAUUACGUUAUCCGUACUUCAAAUAUAUAUACUCCAAAGCAAGUCUGUCAUUUCAGUUGGGAUUUUCUUUUCCCUUUUUCCUCUUUCAAGUAAAGAAAGAAAAUAGAAAUUUUCCGGGAAAAAGAAUCUAGCUACCAUGUCAACCAUUUCGAUUUACAGAACAGAAUUCUUGACUUUCUCUACCAAUGGAUCCAGACCCCGCCACAAAUUUCAAAGACUUUCCCUUUCUCCAUUUAUGAAAAUGGAUUCUAAAUCAACCGAAAAGGUUCCAAAGGAAGAAUCUUCUAUAAAGCUGCAAACGUCUUCAAUUCCUCAGCUUGAAAACCCGAGGCCGUCUAACCUAAGGUUUGACCGUCUGCAACCGUCGGAUCAGGAGCUGAACCAAGAUAGCAGAUUGGAAUUUGGAAAAUUCGUUGCAAGAGAGGCCGUUCUUGAUGAAGAAUUAUGGACAGCGGCAUGGCUUAGAGCUGAAACUCACUGGGAGGAUCGACCAGGUGAAAGAUACGUUGAUAACUUCAAAAGGAAAUUUGCUGAGCAGGAGUUCAAUGCCAUAAAAAGGCGAUACAGUGGGCAACAUGGGCAGACAUAUACCUGUGUUGUCACGGUCAGGAAGGAGGAGAGAAAUGUCAAGCGCACGGUGCUGAAAAGUGUGGUCGGAACCCUUGAUUUCAGCAUUCGGCAUUUGUUGCAUGGAGAGUCUUUUCCCGGGGAACGUGAAAAGCAUCUGUUCUGCAGCAUCAGCAGAACUAACCUGAAUAGAUAUAUUUAUGUUUCCAACCUAUGUGUAGCAAAAUCAGCCCGUCGACAAAGCAUUGCUAGCAAUAUGUUGUAUUUUGUUAUUGAAUCAGCGAGAUCAGAAGGUGUGGAACUGGUUUAUGUGCAUGUUCAUAGAAACAAUGAACCUGCUCUUGAACUGUACCAAAAGAUUGGUUUUGAGAUGGUUGAAAUGGCAAGCUCUCAGUUGUUAAAACAGCAGAUGUACUUGCUUUGUUAUAAGACAUAAAAUUCCUGUUGAAACACAAACCCAGGGGUUCCUUCUUUUUCUUUUUUUGAAUGAAAAAAGGAAACCCUUGCAGCUUUUGUAACCUUUAAGAGGAUUAUGAACGAUUGAGAAUGGGGAAGGAUUAGGCCCCAAAAAUGUAAUCUCCUCCUUCUAAGGGGACUGUGUGUGUGUUGAUUUCCAAAUCGAAAAUUGUAAAUGCUCUGGGAUUAUUUUUCAUGCUUAUUCUUUGAUAUUAAAAAUACAGUGAAAUUAUGUAUGGUUAUAAAUUACCAGGAAAUACAUCAUUCGUUUUUGGCAA